AUAGUGGCAUAAUCCACUAUCGAUAAAGACAUUUAAACGUUGCCCCGAAGUGUAUACCAGAAAAAAUGUCGCUCAAAGUAAAAGCCAAAGAGCGCCUUAUCUGGGCAAUCAGACAAGUAGUCGUGCCCUAUGGAAGGGUAAUGCUGCUGGUAGAUAAUAGAAGCCUACGCAUAGUAUCAGCCUGCUGCUCAGUUAGUGACCUGUUAGACGAAGGAGUCGACCUCGUGGAACUGAUUGAUAAGAAAAGGCAACCCAUGAGAUCUAAAACCGCACUAUAUUUACUUAGCGAUGAUUAUCAAUCAGUGUCAUAUUUUGUCAAAGAUUUCACACCAGGAAAGGAACUAUACAAAGCAGCAUAUCUAAUGUUCAAUGGGCACAUGGAAGAUGAUAGAGCACUGCGUCAAAUUGCAGAAAAGGUUGAUAUGAAGCGUAUAUUAGCAUGUAUGGAACUACACCUGAACUUCCUACCAUAUGAAAAUCGUUUGUUCCAUGGAAAUCUGGGAUUCACUAUCCUGGAUCUGUAUCCUAGUCACCAUGGUAAUAUCAUACACAGUAUCGCAUCACGAAUAGCGUCAGUAUGCUCUACAAUGGGAGCACUGCCACAAAUAAGGUACCACGCAGCACCCAAUGGACUCCCUGAGUUAGUAGCAAAGGCAACGCAAAAACUGAUCAACUGUACCACUCCCGAGGAUACACCGGCAACAGAUGACCUAUUGCUUAUCGUAGAUAGGUCAUACGAUGCUAUCGCAAUGCAUAUACACGAAUAUACAUACCAGGCACUCAUAUACGAUGUGCUGAAAAUACCCUGCUGCACCGACCCUUUGGACCAAAGGAAUGACGAUGUUUGGGAAUUUGAAUUUGUUAAUAACAUAGGGAAACCUGAGAAACGGACAGCACUAUUAACAUGUGAAAAGGAUGUACUCUGGGAACGAUUUAGGCACCAACAUAUACAAAAGGUUAACGAGCUUGUAUCUGAAGAAAUUGAACAAAUAGCAGGGAAUGCAGCAUCAGGUGCCUUGGGGAAAACUGCCAAUACACAAGAAGUAUUGAAGGCAGUGAGGGAACUGCCGAAAACACAAUAUAUGGUGGAAAAAUACUGGGCACAUGUGGCUUUGACUGAACGGGCAUUCGAACAACUGGAGACUGCUAAUCUGGUAAAGUUGGGAGCUCUGGAGCAGGCCAUAGCAACAAAUACUGAUACUGGUGGUGGUAAAUAUAGCCAUACCAAAGCAUUGCAACAGCUGGCGAAUGUUUUAUCAGAUGUUGAAGUGCUAGAUGAAUUAAAAGCUAGGCUCAUACUGCUGUACAUGGCAGCGUACAGAAAUGUAACGAUAAAGCAUGUGAACGAGCUUAUCACAGCCGCAACCAUCGCCCCGAGUUACGCAACUAUUAUACAAAAGUUCGAUGAAUUGAAUUUAGGGCCACCGCCAUUAGAAGCUACCACUGCAGCAUCACCCAGAAAUGCUGGUCAGCCACCUAAAAUUGUACAUAAGCAUUAUGAAAAAGGAGAUGCACACGCAUAUUAUAAGAAACAUGGAACAGCUACUGAAUAUGAACUUUCAAGAUACAUGCCUGAAAUCAGACAUGUUAUCGGAAGAUCGAUCGCAGGAACAUUGGAUAAAGAUAGAUUUCCCACGUUACAUACAGGAACUAGAGAAACAACAGGACAAAAAGCAUCAAAUAAACGAGUUAUGCUAUAUAUGAUAGGAGGUAUAACAUUCGCAGAAAUGAGAGUUGUCUGUGAUAUGGCAGAAAAAACAGGAGUUGAUAUAUACCUAGGAGGUGACACAAUAGUAGUACCAAGCGCCCUCAUGGAUAACAUGAAACACGCAUUCUCAGCCAUGGAAAGGACAUGAUAAUACUUA